AUGCUGGCUCUCACGGUGUGGAAUUCUCCGGAUAGAACGACGUGCGCAACAGCUACUCUGGAGGUCUUCGUGAGUGCGUACAAUGGACGAGCCAAACUUUCUUACUUGUACAGCGAGCCCUUAGAAUUCCCUACCGCAAGAGUCUGGGUGAGAAAUAGGGAAGCGCUGGCGAAUCAGGAUGCGAAACGAAACGAGCUCGUCAAUCCGAAACGCAAACUUUCCACCUCGUCUCAAGAGCUAAUCGCAGCCUUCCAUUCCCCAAAUUUCCAAGGUUCCGCUCUCCAGUAUGAAAAUAUACGAUCGUCACAGGGUUUAACCUUCAAUCACGACGCGCCAGCGCAUCGCUCGCUCGCCUCGCCUCCCGCCUACGCGCUCGAAAUGACUGCCAAGUCGGCCCGCAUCUCAAUUCAGCUCGCCGUUCGCUACGAAACAAGGCACGAUUGGAUUCGCCUGCCGAGUGCAGCUGUCAAAGUUCAAAUCAAGGUUCUGAGUCGCGCAACGCCUGCCAAAGAAUCAAAGACGACCCGGGGGGCCCAGAACGUCAUGGGCCAGGGGCACGCGACUUAUGAUAUAACUGUGGUAGACCCUGUUUUUUGA